UCUGUCGAGGAGAUCGCACGCGGCGCCGACGGAGGAGGCCGGGCGGCUGAGAGAGCGGACCGGCGGCGGCGGCGGCGGCCGGCCAGUUCUCAGGGCCAGGAUGUUUGAGGAGCAAGACGAAGAAGGCGACCCGCUGACAGACAGCGAGGAGAGCGCCUAUUCCGGGCUGGAAGAUUCCGGAAGCGACAGCCUUGCAGAAGAGGAGGAAGAUCAGGAUCAUGCAGUUGAGGGGAAGUCAGAAGGGAGGUUGCACUCCAAAGAUAUGCAAGCUGGAGAAGCAGCACAGUUGGGUCCUAAAAUCCCAAGUACAGCAACAGAUCAACAAGAACCUCCCUUGCAGAACGAGUAUGCAGAAGACAGCUCUGAUGAGGAGGACAUCCGCAACACCGUUGGCAACAUCCCCAUGGAGUGGUACCAGGACUUCCCGCACAUCGGCUACAACUUGGACGGCAAGGAGAUUUACAAGCCCAUCCGCUCGAAGGACGAGCUGGACAGGUUCUUGGAGAAAAUGGAGAGUCCCGACUACUGGCGAACUGUCCACGACAAAAUGACGGGGGCGGACAUGAAGCUGACGGACGAGCAGGUGGAGUUGGUGAACCGUCUUCAGAGGGGCCAGUUUGGGGACGUGAAUUUCAGUCCAUACGAGCCGGCCGUGGACUUCUUCAGCAGCCAAGUGAGGAUCCACCCUGUAACAAACCGCCCCCCAGACAAGCGAAGCUUCAUCCCCUCCCUGGUCGAGAAGGAGAAGGUCUCCAAAUUGGUCCACGCCAUCAAGAUGGGCUGGAUCAAGCCAGGGAGGCCCCGGGAGGACAGCGUAGCCUUCUAUGAUCUUUGGGCCCAGGAAGAUCACACCUCCAUCCUGGGACGGCAUAAGAUGCACGUGCCUGCCCCCAAACUUCCCUUGCCCGGGCAUGAGGAGUCCUAUAACCCACCUCCAGAGUAUCUUCCGAUGGAGGAAGAGAAACUGGCCUGGGAGCAGCAGGAGCCUUCAGAGCGCAAGCUGAACUUCCUUGCCCGGCGCCACGACUGCCUGCGCCGAGUGCCAGCCUACCCUCGCUUCAUCCAUGAGCGCUUCGAGCGCUGCCUCGAUCUCUACCUGUGCCCGCGCCAGAGGAAAAUGCGGGUGAGCGUGGAUCCGGAAGACUUGAUCCCCAAGUUGCCCAAGCCACAGGAUCUGAAGCCCUUUCCCACCGUGCAGGCCUUGGUGUAUCGUGGCCACACCAGCCUUGUGCGCUGCAUCAGUGUCUCUCCUGCUGGGCAGUGGCUGGCAUCAGGUUCAGAUGAUGGCACCGUGAAGUUCUGGGAGGUGUGCACAGCCCGGUGUGUGAAAAGUGUCCCCGUGCAAGCUGCAGUGAAGAGCAUCGCCUGGAAUCCCAACCCUGCCGUCUGCCUGGUGGCCGUGGCCAUGGAGCACACGGUACUGCUGGUGAACCCUGGCCUCGGGGAUAAGCUGCUCUGUGGAGCCACCGACCAACUCCUGGAAAGCCACGUGCCCCCAGAGGAGGGCCGCCUGCAGCCCGUCACGUGGGAGGAAGCCACGGAGGAGGAGCACCGCUUGGGUGUGCGGCUCAGAGUGAAAUUUGGGAAGCCCUUGAAACAGGUGACAUGGCAUGGAAGGGGGGACUACUUUGCCACAGUCGUGUCAGACAAUAGCCACCUGCAGGUCCAGAUCCACCAAGCCAGCAAGCGCUGGAGCCAGGCGCCCUUCCGCCGGAGCAAGGGCCAGGUGCAGCGUGUCCUCUUCCACCCGCUGCGGCCUUUCUUCUUCGUGGCCACCCAGCGCUUUGUCCGCGUCUACCACCUCCUCAAGCAGGAGCUCACCAAGAAGUUGCUCACAAACUGCAAGUGGGUCUCCAGCAUGGCUCUCCAUCCCGGAGGCGACAACCUGAUCUGCGGCAGCUACGACAGCAAGCUCGUCUGGUUUGAUUUGGACCUCUCCACAAAGCCUUAUCGGGUGCUCAGACACCACAAGGCAGCACUGAGGACCGUGGCUUUCCACCCCAGUUACCCCCUUUUUGCCUCGGGCUCAGACGAUGGCAGCGUCAUUGUUUGCCACGGCAUGGUCUAUAACGACCUGCUUCAAAACCCACUCCUUGUGCCGGUGAAGGUGCUGAGGGGCCACACACUGGCCCACGACCUGGGAGUCCUUGAUGUCCUUUUCCACCCCACCCAGCCAUGGCUUUUCUCCGCGGGCGCAGACGCCACCAUCCGGCUCUUCACGUAGUGGAUGCCCCCCUUGUGGGGUGUUCAGCUCCAAAACAGACUCGGCAGGAGGCCAGGGGGUCUGCUGGCCUGGGAGGCUGGAGCCGUGAUGCAGCCGAGGAUGACGAAGCCGCUGAAGCCGCUGCAGAAGUUGCAGGAGGAAGGUGGAAGAGGCGGUGGUUCUCAAGAACUCUUUGGGGCAUGCACAUGUGCAACCGCACAUCGGUACUGUCCUUUGCUUUGUUCCGUGGGCUCCUUCUGCUCACUUGGUAAAUAAACCUGCCUGAUUU